GCAUGCCCGGUGGGGGCGGCCCUCGGUGCGCGCGGCGGCGAUGAGGCUGGGGCGCGCCGCCGUGUGGAACGCCAGGGCCGCGCUGGUCUACUCGCUGGGCGCCUGGACCACGCUGGGCGCCCUCAUCUACUACGGCCGCGUGGAGAAAGGCGGCACCGGCACCGAGAACGAAAAUGAUCCUGAGGCAAAGCAAGGGCCCCGGAAGGAAGUAUACACUAAGGAAUAUCCUUUUGGAUUGACAGUGACAACAGAAAUAACAUACAAAGAGGUUCAGCCUCCUCUUACUCGGCUGUUCAGGCGUGUGGUAUCAUUCUUUGUUCCUAAUGACGACCCUCCUUCUGAAAAGUGAGCUGUUCAGAAGCUCAGAAUGUUGUGCUGGACCUCUGAGAACAUCAUCCCAGUGCCUGGCACCAGACCACUGCUGGAAAACUGUCCCCUGCAUUGCUGAAACAGCAGCUCUGCCCCGCUGGUGUGAAGUUGCUUUCCCAGCUGGUGUGCAGGAUAUACCCAGGUGAUCCAGGCUGUACCCUGGAUGGCUCCUCAGCUGGGCAGCUCUGAAAUGGAUACUUUGGGAAGGAUGAGUAAAUGGGAAGGAAUGUGGUUUAAUGUUUUAGUUACCGAAGUUUUUAAUGGUCCUUCAAAUAAAAACUUAUGAGAGAUGAGU